AUGCUAGCAGUAGUGGCCCCCUCCCCUGUAGGCUGUACCACCCCCUGAAAGCACCCGGACGGGCAGCGCAGACUGCCGUACUUGUACCAGAGCGGCGCCGGUGGAUGCGGCCCCGGCCCUGUACCGGUACUUGCGGGCAACAUUUCUGGCACCUCGUUGCUGUUGCGGCCUUGCUCAGCAUUGUACGCGCGCAGGAAUACACUGGAGGCCAAUUUCCAGGACAAGAGACGCGAUUUUAAUUGCCUCGAUGCGCUGGGCUGUGUCUCCGGCUGGCAUUUCUCUAGUCUCGUAGACGCAACUCCUAUUUGACCUCCCCUUCCCUCAAUCGAGCGCCCUCUUCUCUUCUCUCUCUUCUUCUCUUUUCCGAGCACACCACCACCGCCUUUUGUGCAACUCGUAUUUUGCUUUUUUCCCCUUCUUUUCCCUAUAAUCGUCUCUGCAACCCGCAAGCGCCCAGCAACCCCAAGGCCAUUCUUACACUUGGCUGCUUGCGCGAGACUUUUCUUCUUCCGGGCGGUCCCUGUUUUAUUAUUUUCGUUAUACGAACUGCACCCUCGCUUUAUUGCAUACGGGACACCCCUCACAUUCUUUUUUCUCACGCUCUCAACACCCCUGGCCGGCUUUUCUGAGGCUACGUACUUCGUACCCUGCCCUGCUACGAAAAAAAAAGGACGCCUGUCAGUCCGUCCACUCGUUGUCGCUGCGCGUCUCCCCUAAAUCCAGAGACAAAACCUCUGUGCGAGCAACCGCCGCCCUCACCUUCUUCAACCUUUACACGCCCGCAACUCCCAAUCUCUCUGCGAAUUGCACCAGCGCCUCCACCAUGUCUGGCGAAGAAAAGAUCAGAGUGUCGGGCGACAUCACUCGCGCCGACAGCUCUCCUGUCCUGCCCACCGUCAACCCCCAAGUUGACAAGCCCGCGCCCGCAAAGGCUUCUUUGCACCCCGUCUUCUAUGUUGUCACAUGGAUUGGCUUCAGUUCUUCCGUUAUCCUGUUCAACAAGUGGCUCCUGGACACGCUCAACUUCCGCUACCCCGUUAUCCUCACGACUUACCACCUUACCUUUGCCACCGUCGUUACGCAAAUCCUGGCCCGCUGGACGACUCUUCUCGAUGGCCGAAAGACUGUCAAGAUGACCGGCCGCGUCUACCUGCGAGCCGUCGUCCCAAUUGGUGUCUUCUUCAGCUUGAGUUUGAUCUGCGGCAACCUGACCUACCUCUACCUCUCCGUUGCCUUUAUUCAGAUGCUCAAGGCCACCACCCCCGUCGCCGUUUUGAUUUCCGGCUGGGCUCUGGGUGUGUCCUCGCCAAACCUGAAGCAGUUCCUCAACGUCUCCGCCAUUGUCGUCGGUGUCAUCAUUGCGUCGAUGGGCGAAAUCCACUUCGUCGUGAUUGGUGUCAUGUACCAGAUUGCUGGUGUCAUCUUCGAGGCCCUCCGACUUACCAUGGUCCAGAGGCUCUUGAGCUCCGCCGACUUCAAGAUGGACCCUCUGGUUUCUCUCUACUACUUCGCCCCCAUCUGUGCUGUCAUGAACGGUGUGGUUGCGCUGAUUUGGGAGUUCCCCAAGGUCUCCAUGGCUGAGGUUUACCACGUCGGCCUCUUCACCUUCUUCCUCAACGGUCUUUGCGCCUUCAUGCUCAACGUCUCAGUCGUUUUCUUGAUUGGCAAGACUUCCGCUGUUGUCCUGACCCUUUGCGGUGUCCUCAAGGACAUCAUGCUCGUUGUCGCCUCCAUGAUGAUCUGGGGCACCCAGGUGACUCCCCUCCAGUUCUUUGGCUACUCCAUCGCUCUCGGUGGCAUGGUCUACUACAAGCUCGGCCUUGAGGCUCUCAAGGGCUAUGCCGGCGAGGCUGGCCGCCAGUGGGCUGAGUUUGGUGCUCGCAAGCCAAUUCUCCGCAAGCUGUCCAUCAUCGUGCUGGCUGUCUUCCUCAUUUUCUGCCUCUUUGGAGGUCUGGCUCCUACUUAUGCCCCCGAGUACGACCCCCACAAGCUGGCCUCUGAAGUUACCAACCACUUCAAGGGCAAUGCUGCUGCCGCGGCUGCCGCUCAGGAGGCUUCUUAAACGUCAUGAAUGAAAAAAAAACCAUGGCUCCAUUUCAAGAGCCAAAUUGUAAAACGAAGUACGAUUGCGUCAACGGCGUUGUUUGGUUGGAAGGACAGUCAAUCUAACGGUCAAUCUUCUUUUUCUUGUGAGCGACGGGGCCGUGAUUCAAGGCAAAGGCCCCGGCGCCUUCUUUCAUUCUCACCAAAAAUUCCGGCAAACCAGCAAAAGGUGUCACUCUAAUUUGGAGACAAAGAGGGGCUUGCGUCAUCCUUGGUUGUUUGAAGACGUGUUAUUUUUUCUUAUUGGUGUAUAAUUAUAGAGCGUCGAAGCAGCACUCCAGGUCGAUGCUGCUCGAACAAAGUUUGUAUCGCGCCUAGGUCUAAUUAGAUGUACUUUAGAGAUGGCGUGGAGCACGAGUCCAUAGAAAUGUAGCGAUGAAAUCACUACAAAGCGUUUUUAACAUGUUUUUAUUCAAAUG